AUGGAUAAGAUGCCUAGGGCGGCGCUGGAUCCCCUAGUGGUAGGGAGAGUGAUCGGAGAUGUGCUCGACAUGUUUAUUCCGGCGGCUGAGCUCACCGUUGAUUAUGGCGGCAAAAGUAUUGACAACGGCUUUGAGAUUAAGCCGUCAGCCGCGGCUCAGCCGCCAAGGCUCCUCAUCAGGGGGCCUGCCACUGAUUACUACACCCUUGUGAUGGUUGACCCUGAUGCUCCUAGUCCAACCAAACCAACUCUCAGGGAGUGGCUUCAUUGGCUGGUGAUAGAUAUUCCUGGGGGUUCGGAUGCAAGUGAGGGCAAGGAGCUAAUGCCGUACAUGGGCCCACAGCCGCCGAUCGGCACCCACCGUUAUGUGUUUGCUGCUUUCAGACAGCACACCGUAACGGAGACAGUGGUCAAGCGACCGGUCGAGAGGGAAAGAUUCAACACGAGGCAGUUUGCUAAGGAGAACAAGCUCGGCCUACCUGCAGCGGCUUUGUAUUUCAAAUCCGGAAAGGAAACAUCUGGAUAAAAAAAAACCUUAAAUAAAACUAAGUAAUUAACUAGUUAGAAUUAUGUCUGUAUUAAUGUUGUUUUUCUAGGUGCAAGGUAUAUGUACUUUUGAGAUGUUUGUGUAUUAAGUAUGUGAAUGGAUAAUCUGUG